AUGAAGAAACCAAGUUCAAAACUGCAGAAAGCCGUGUCAAACUCGAAAAGACAACGGCCGAAGAAAUUAUCAAAGAAACGUCAAAAUCACCAAGGCUCAAUAUUGUGUUCUUGCUUUGAUCAGCAACCGAGUCCCGACUCAAGCUGUGAGAACAUUACCGUUGAUAGUGCAUCUCGUAUCGAUUGUGCAAAAUCCAGUCAAAUCAAUUUACCAGUACCUGCGUAUAUGAAACAAUGGACCUCGGAAGAGGAGUUUAUGCAAACAGACGUUACCAUGGUUACCGGCAGGAGCAAUCAUCAAGACUUAACGGAGCUAUCAAAAGGAACAGGUGCUACGAGAGGAGUUCCAAAUUCUCAAAACACAACAUCGGAGGCAAGGAAUCAAACAAAUCGCCGUCCAUCCCAAACAAACUCAUGCGAUCUCGUUGGCCUAUUCUACACAAUAGUAGCCGAUGACUGCCUUCUAUCUCAGCCGAGUGAUAGCGAAGAUUCCAAUGCUUCGGACAUCAUCUUGAAACAGGAAAUUGAAGCCGAUGUCCAUUAUGGCUCCAAUGCGUCCUGCACGCUUAGCGAUGUCGAGGAGGGGAAUGAACCACGCCACCAUUCCGACAUUGCAAUCCAACUUCACAACAAAGACGACAGCGCUGAAGCAGACACGUGGUUUGCCCAUGAAAACGAACCAUCGUCAAACGUUGAUCUACGAAGUGAAGAGGUCACAAGUUUAAAAAAGGCAGUAAGUGAAACACUUAACUUGAAUCAAAAUCUAAACGAUGAGUCUGGCACCACUGAAAUUGCCUGCAUAAGUGACACUCAUCGAUCAAUGGAAAAUUUGUGUGCCACUUUUUCCUGUCAACAAAGCCAUGACAAUCUUUUCCAGGAAGAAGAAGCAGCUGCCACCAACGAAGACUGCGACAGCAGUAGCAACAUCAGUGUGGAAACUGUCAAUGACGCAACUCUUUCUUGCCACUCAGUUAACGGAGAUACGUCUUCAUGUGUCUCUGGAACAUACUCGGUAGAAUUCCAUGAUUCCAAUCGUACUGCAUCUGCUAAUAUUCCUAAGAAAAGUGGUAAUGAUCUCGAUGAUUGUUCUGCUGUCGACAAUACUGUUGAUCCCAACACAAUUACCCUCUACGACCAAACGACACCUCCGCAGUCAUUUACCGAUACGAAUGCCAAUGCGCAAGAAAGAAGCAAUGUUUUCUCUGAAGAUCAAGCCGUGACUGAGAUCAUUGCCAGGGGUCGGAGGAUGGCUGAUGAGGUGAAGCAAUUGAUAUCCGAAUUACUGGAUGUCUGUAUGCAAUCCAGAGGGAGCGACGCCAAAUCAGUUACAGGACAUGGGGACUUUGGAGAAACGCCCGCAGCAGCUUCCUUGGCAGCAUGUGAACUUGCGGCCGAUUCCUCAGCAAAGGAGGAUGUGGCCCACAGAGAGGAUUUGCCACAAUCAGAAUUCAGCCAGGGAUGUGAUCGAUCUGCAACAGAUAUCAACACAGACGAAAUGGGUGAUUUUGGAGCGCAUGGGAGAGAAAGUUGGCCAUUCUCUGCAGAAACAUCAUCUAAAUUUGACAUACAUGAAGUUGGGGAUAAUGACGAGUGCGAAAAUAGUGAGCGGUCAAUCGAUAUUGAAGUGAUAUCUACCCCGGAUGAUCGUAAUGGAAACGGGGAAAUUCUUCACCAAUCAGAGUCAGAUUCUAAUGGACCGGAAAUUCUUAUAAGUCCUUGUGAAGGUUUCAAUCAACCAGAGCACCUAGAAGAUGGAGCCAGAGAUAGAGAUAAACAUCGCAAAUCAAUUUCACCACCGGAUCACUCCAAUAUUAAAAGGGAGACAUUGAUGGAGACUGACAUCGGUGAUGAUCAUUGUGAUAUCACUGGACAUGGUGAAGACGCUGAAAGAAAUCCGACCAAUCUAUCAAGGAACAAUAGUAAGCACAAUAUCUCAGAUUCUCAAAAAGACAACGAGACGUCUUCACACACACCUGGCAAAGUUGAGCCUGAAACUGGCACCAUGCCCCAACGCACAGAUAUGGUGUGGCCAGUCGAGAAAAUAAUUGGCUAUGAUCUCAUUGAUGAAAAGCAAAUACAGGAAGGCGACCACGAUAGUUCUGAUAUGGGAUCACCCCAUGUCGUGGAGGUCAUAGGUGUAGACGUACAUCCAGAUUCACAGAGUAGGAAGGCCAACUCAUCAGAAGAACUAGACAUUCAAGAAGGCGAACAUACAUGCACAUCGUUUAAAAGUCACAAGAUCAAGUUAAUUGGGAUAGAUGUAGAAAAUCCAAAUCGUAUGAACCUGUGUGAUAUUAAAAUCAUAGGGUUGGAUGUAGAAGCCCCUUUUCCAGAUGAGGAUAUCUCCGAGCUUAGUCCAGGUGGUGUGCAAGUGAACGAGGAAGGAGAUUCUGCGAGAAUAGAUACAAACGUUCUUGGUAAAGUCAAAAGUCAACCCAACAAAAGAGUGGAAAGCUCAGAACUUGGUCAAGAGGUCAUAAAAGAUCAAUUACAGGCUGAUGGGGACACAUCACAUGAUGAAAAAAUCACUCAGGAAGUAAGACAUUGUGGAAUUACUGAACUCGAUCAAUUCAGUGUAGGUCCGGCUGAAUCUCACCUGGAUUCACAUCCUGGCCAGGAUACUGCAGAUGAUCCUGCAACGGAAUUAUUGAAGCAUGGAGGGAGCAAUCCUUGUCAGGAUGUCCUCGGAACAGAACAACAACAGGAAGCCAGAAGCCCAGCAGACUAUUGCUCCUCACCUAGCGACAGUAGCUCACUGUCCCCUGGAUAUCCUUCUUCACCGUGUAGCUCCUUCGAGAUCAUACAACAUCAGGAUGUAUUAGAGGGUGACUUACCAAUGGUUCCUUAUUCACCAUCAAUCCGUAUACCCCUUCCUCAACAGGAGUACAAUGAAGGACUCAUGUCCCCAGAAUAUGAAGCUGAUGAUAUCAUCGUCAACUUUGCAGCAGUAUCCGCAAUGGGUGAUAUUGUGCCUAUGCAACACCGGUCGGGUGUUUCCCCAUCGCCACCUGAACCCGUUCAAUUUGAAGAUGUGAAUAGUAGGUCCCCUUCACCACUUCCUCAAAGUGACCUUACACUUCUGGACUGUCUUUUCGACAUCUGUGAAGAAAGUCUUCAGCGAUUUCCUCUAAAAUGGCCUCCUUCGGGAGAGAUUUCUGUCAAGCACAGGUCACCAUGCAAGCUGUCACUGGACUGCAUUGAAGACCGUGGAGACAGAAUUAAGAGUAUGGAUAGUGAGCAGUCUUCUGAUAUAAGGAAGGAAUUGCUUGGCAACAAGAGUGGACAAGACGAAGGGUUCUUCUGUUGUGAAACAGCCAGCAUCGAUUCACACUGCUCAUUGACAAGUGCAGAAACUGCACCCGAGAGCUCACUGACAGACGAUUCAUCCGAUUACCUCUCCUGCGAUAAAUCCGUUGAGGUCGAAGAAGAAUCACGCUAUGAGAAUACAGCCACUAGCCUUGAAAUCGUUCCAGGCUUUGGUUGCCGGGCUAGCAAUCAAGGAAUCUUCAAUGGUAUAUUACAUCCCAAUAUCUCACCGGGACAUACUGACCAAAUUCUCUCAUCACAAGGACUAAAAGAUCAAAAAUUUGACACACAGGCAGACCUGGGGAAUACUUUAGUAGCAUUCAAUACAGCUGAUCUGGACAAAGGUGUAGAAGAGGAUAACUUUGUAUUCUUUCUUGCACUCCUUACCUUUUCCUUGUUCGUGUACUGCAAGUAUGGUACACGUGUCCUACAGACAAUCAUUCAUUGGGUUUGGAUCUGCCAACUGAUAAUUCAACUCAUAACAGACUCUUAAGAAUUCAAAAGAAUAAGAAGUCAAAGUUAAAGCCAAACAUGUAUUCAUUGGCUCCAGAAUACCACUGAAGGAAUAAACAUUCUCAAUCCCGUCUUGUGUUAAAUCAUGAUAUAAGGAAAAUAAGAAGAUACUGCCCAGAGUAAUUACGAUUUAAGCGGAUGGAAUCACAGGUUGGCAAUUGAAGCAAUAGACAUCAAUGUUUUCAUAUUUGCGUUUGUCAAAUUUCAUAGCAAAUGCUAAAAAUGAUUCCAAAUAAUUUAGAUUUAAAAUGGCAAAGUAAGAAUCACGGCGAUAACAUUUACUACCUAAUAUGAAUUAUCAGCAUGCAAAUACAACUGUAACUUUAAACUUUGUUUCAUCAGUCUGCCUGUAUGGCUCUCAUGGAAUGUAAAGAAACCGAAGAAACAAUAAAAAAAGUACUGUGGUCUUCAGCAGUACCAAUUC